CCGCGCCCGCCCGCCCGCCCGCCCGCCCGCCUCGCACGCACCGACCUCGGCUCCGGCUCCCCGCUCCCGCCGCCUAGCGAAGCCGCGCUGGGCUCCGAGCUGCUCAUGGAGAAAGUGCCGGGCGACAUGGAGAGAGAUCGCAGGGAGCGGAGCGAGGAGCUGUCCGAGGCAGAGAGGAAGGCGGUUCAGGCUACGUGGGCCCGGCUGUAUGCCAACUGCGAGGACGUGGGGGUGGCCAUCCUGGUGAGGUUCUUUGUGAACUUCCCAUCAGCCAAGCAGUACUUCAGCCAGUUUAGACACAUGGAGGACCCCUUGGAGAUGGAGAGGAGUCCCCAGCUGCGGAAGCAUGCCUGUCGUGUCAUGGGGGCCCUCAACACUGUCGUGGAGAACCUGCAUGACCCAGACAAGGUCUCCUCUGUGCUUGCCCUGGUCGGCAAGGCCCACGCCCUCAAGCACAAGGUGGAACCUGUGUACUUCAAGAUUCUCUCUGGGGUCAUUCUGGAGGUGAUCGCCGAGGAGUUUGCCAAUGACUUCCCUCCUGAGACGCAGAAAGCCUGGGCCAAGCUGCGCGGUCUCAUCUACAGCCAUGUGACUGCUGCCUACAAGGAAGUGGGCUGGGUACAGCAGGUCCCCAACAGCACCACCCCACCGACCACGCUGCCCUCUUCGGGGCCAUCGGACCCCUCCCAGCUCCCCCCUCCCUGGCAGCACUUUGGGCAGAAGGCUGAGUUCUGAAGACACUCCUUGACCUUCCAUUUCUGGGUGCCAAGGAAGCUGGAGGAAUCCCGACUCAACUUCCCGAAAGGAGGCCUUCAUCAUGGCCCUGGUCCCCCAGGCUGCUGGGAGGUGGGGCUGGCUACCUUGAUGCUGAACCUAGCAGUGGGGACCCUUCUGCCUGACAGCAGGGGGCGCCCUCGUCUUAGCUUUUCUACUUACUGUUAAGAGGGACCCAGCAAGUGGCCGGUGGGAAGCCAGGACAAGCCUACAAGUCACUUCAGAAAGGAACUAGCCCCGCUUCGUCGUCUGCCCACCAGCAUGCAGGCUCACCUCACCAUCUCUAGAGUAUCCACGCACACAUGUCUACCAUAUAUACAGAUAUAUCUAUAUACGACCUCUAUAUAAAUAUAUAUAUACGUACAUAUCUAUCGCGUGUACCUGCCCAGAAGACUCGGUCUUGCCCAGCUAUGGGAGGCCAGGAGGAGUCCUGGUCAUGCUUCUGGGAAGUUCUAUGAGGAGCAGGGAGAAAUCCUCCAACAGCACUAGACGGGGGGCCCGGGGGUAGAGUUGGGGUGACUCAGCUCACCCCCAUAGCUCAGUGCUCUGCAUUCCUGCCCCUCUACAAAAAAGAAAAGAAAGAGAGAAAGAAAGAAAGGAAGGAAGGAAGGAAGGAAGGAAGGAAGGAAGGAAGGAAGGAAGGAAAGAAUCUGGUUUCCCAGGUAUAGUGGCACACACCUGUAACCCCAGAGCUUGGGAGGCAGAGGACAGAGAAUCACGGCAAGUUUGAGGUCAGGUGGUCAAUACCUGGUCUCCAUGGCGGCGUUGAGUUUCAGGCUAGUCGGGUCUACACAGGGAGACCCUGUCUCAAACCAAACAAAAAUAAGGUCCGGCUGCCCUCGCCUUCCUAGAGGUUUGGCUGACUGACUUGCCUUAGACAGGGCAAGGACCAGGGCACACAAAGGACUCAGAAGAUCCCAAUGGGGUGGCGGCCAGUAUAUGUGUCCCCUGUAUGUGUGUGGAGGGUGAGGAACCGCCUCAGAAAAGAGCCCUAGAAUGUCAGCCUUACCUGCUCACUUCAGACAGCAGCCAGGCCACAGGACCGACCGGGGACUCCGUCCUCAGUGGAGACCCAGGGCCUCUCCCUCCUGCCCUCCUCCAGGCCACUAGGCCAUCCUCUCCACCUAGUCCUUAACAUUGCUGGGCCCCCCGUGUGUACCCCUUGGUCAUGUGUACUGUCCCAGAGGAUGUCUUGCUGCUGUGGCUCCUGUGCCUGCAUCUCCUCAGUCCCUUCCCAUGCAGCCUCCCUGUUGUAGUUCCUGACGUUUGUAACCAGAUCCAGCUGUGUCAUUAAACAGGUCUGUUCUUCCUGUA